AUGGCGUGGGACGAUGACAUUGAUAAUGCAGACCUAUUUUAUUUGGAUUAUUAUAAAUAUGAUAAUGAUGAAAAUAUCAAGUUAUCUUUGGCGGGAAGACUUGUUGAUAAUCGUGAAGAUGCAUUGCCUAUGUAUAAAGCUCAUACAAGAGCUAUUGGAUUCAGUGUAAGAAAAAAAAAUACUCUCAGGCGAAAUAAAACAGAUGGGAUAAUAUCUGAUUUUUAUUUUUUCUGCUCAAAAGAAGGUCAUAGAAGAAAGAGAAAGAAAAAAGAAAAGGAGAUAGCAAAUUCAGAAUUCAUAACUGAGGAAAAAGAGUCAUCAAAGAAAAGAAAAGAGAGGAGUAUUAAUGAGACCAGAACUGGUUGUAGAGCUAAUAUUAGAUUCAACAAGACAGAAUAUGGAGAAUAUUGUGUUGUUCAACACAAUAUUAAACACAAUCAUGAAUUGGUUUAUCCUUCAGAAAGACAUCACUUGAAAUCUGAAAGAAGUGUUAAAGAAGAGAUUGGAUUGGUGAUUGAAAAGAUGGUAGAUAGUGGAAUUAAACCAAUGGACUGUUAUGAAUACCUUAAAAGAGAAGUAGGAUCAGAGGAAGCUUUAGGUCACACAAAGAGAGAUCUAUUAAACUAUGUAACUAGGUACAAAUCUAGCAUAAUUGAAGGAGGAGAUAUGCAAGUGUAUUGGACACACUACAACAAAGAGUAG